AGAUCACGGCACUACCCUCGAGGCAAUUCUACUGCCGUCAUACCUGCUGGGUACUUCUCUACAGCACCUUGGAUAUAAGCUCACAAAUCAAGACAUCAACAGCCAGAAGAGAAAAUACGUUUUGUGAUUAUCAAAAAUAUUGACUGACAUUACACCAAGAACGGUUUCGGUGAAUAUUUUAAUGGAAUAUUGUGCAGUAAAGUGGAUUCAGCUUUGCGAGUGUUAAGUGCAGCUACAACAGUGCAACAUGAAAACAGACGAGAAGAAUAACAACAGUCCUCUGCGUUUGGCUGUGUUGGGCAGUAACCAGGUGGGCAAAUCAGCGCUCACUGUCCGCUACCUCACUAAGAGAUUCAUCGGUGAAUACAGAUCAGACACAGAUAUGCUGUACAAGUGUGUGCUGCAGGUUGACGGGGCGCCUCAGCCAGUGGAGAUUAUGGACACUUGGGCCAGCUGUGACGAGUCUUCUGACGCCCACCUACAGUGGGCUGAGGCCUUUGUUGUGGUCUACGCUAUCACAGAUAAAGAAUCCUACAGAUGGGCCGCCAACACACUCCAGGAACUGUCUGUGCGGCGGUCGUCAGCCAGUGUACUGAUGCUGGGAAACAAGAGUGACUUGGGCCACCUGCGAGAGGUAGAAGAGGUGGAGGCCAGGACGCUAGCUCUCACUCAUGCUGCCCGCUUCACCGAGGUCUCUACGGCUGAGAGUUGCGUACCUGUAGCAGAUGCCCUCGAUAGUUUUCUGAAAGAAGUGAAGGCACAGCGUGGUAGCAGCAACAAUGGAAACAUCCUAGGUAAUGGAUCUCCUAAGCAAAGGAAGCUCUCCGUUACUCGGAUGCUGGGAUCUCUGAUUGGUCGCCACUCCCCGCCUCCUCAGCCCAUAACUGAACUUAUCGUUUUGGACAAGGGAGAACGUAGCAAGUUGGUCAGAUGUAGCAGACAAAUCUGAUUGUAAAUCAGAUAGUAUUCAGCUUCACACGAGGACAUUCUUCUCUCAUGAACACGACCCAAAGAUUACUAGUGAAAUCCUCAAUGUGCCCUUACGUUUUAUCUAAUGGUGAGGAUUCUAAAUAGCCAAAUAUUUAUUACUGGAUGUUGUGUAUUGUGUUUCCGUUGUGAUAUUUCUUUAUUAUUUAAAAAGCAGCAUAACCUUACGAAGGUCGAUGUUGACAUUGGAAUCUUUUCUACUGCAAAAUUGUCAAAGCUUGUUGAAACGCAACACAUGUGUAUAUUCUGGAAAUGUACGAAAUUAUGUGGAAAUGCUCAAGUUCCAAUGUUGGCAGUCUUUGAUAUAUACGUGCUGGCAACGUUUGAAGCAGAAGUAUUGGCAAUCUUGUGUAAAGCUCGUGAAACUGGAUGAAGAGAAUUGUGAAUAUAGCAAUGUCACUUACAGAUCAGGUGAAGUCAGAACUAACAUGAACGUUUGGAAGGAAUCAUUGAUUCCGACGCUUCGGUGUAGAGAGUUAUAAACUUCUCAGGUUAUACCGAUAUUUGGGACUUUAAGAGAAGAAAGCACUUUGGAGAGGAAAGCAAAGGCAUCGAACGUCAGUGCACUAGAAAUUCUAGUUCAUAGCCUUCAUUACUGAAUGAAUCGUUACGGCUAAAUGAAUCACCAAGACUGAGACACCCGGCUUUUAAAAUCAGUUGAGACAUAUUGGUUUUCAAGUCCGAAACACCAGGUGGAGAUACACUGUCUUUUAAAAUUGACGAAGAUGAGAUAGAUUCCUUGUUUUUCAAUUCUGACGAAAACAACUGAGUCUUCAAAACUAAUGGAUACCACUAGCUAUUCAAGACCAGUAGGAGAAACUCGGCUCCUAGAAGAUGAAAAGUGUGUGAACUGGCGAAGAUGCACUCAUCCUGCAUUUAGUUAUGGAAACGCUAGAGCACUCACUGUUGAGGUUGCACUGGAUGUUCAUGACCAAUAUAAAGUCACCCAGCUACGACAGGAACCUGAAUGAGCUCCGACCUUCUGUUGCUGCCGUUUGUUUCUAUAAUGUCCUGCUCAGUCUGUGAUACUAGUCUUAGUAAGCUUAUGACAUAUGUAUUUUUAUAAUUUAUUUGGUUCAGUACAAAAUGAAAUAUC